AUGUCCCCUUGCGCUUGGAGGAGGAAGAGGCUGACCACGCUGGCUUGGGGUGCACCGGUGACCGACACGCGUCGGCGCCCGCUGUCGCGCGCUCGGUGAGCGAGGCAGCCGCGAAGACGGCCUCAAGGGUACGCAGACGUGUGGCGUCUCGCAAGGCGGUCCAACCUGCCUCGUUCUCGCUCCGAAUGCGAAUGUGAUGCCCUGCAGCGCGAAGCCAGGUCGGUGUUGGGGGGUGAGGCCGCUUGGUCGGCGCAGAGGCUGCCCAGAGCGCUCGUCGAAGGCAGAGAAGAGAUGUCGCCAGCGCGCAGGGCGCGAGAGGCUACACCGUGUGAAGAGCAUGGAGGCGCCGUCCUGCAGCACGGGCUUGCUUGCGCAGCAUCUGGCACAAGUCAGAGGCAGUGGGCGCCUGCAGCAUGCGGAUGCAGGGUGCAGAUUGCCGGAGUGCGUCCAGACUUGCAGAUGCUCAGUCUCGGACUCGGACUCCGUCCGAGGUCGUCUGAAGAGGUGCAGCAGCACCAAAAAUGUCGCCGACGCGCCGCAGGGAAGAAAGACGGGGUGCGAAUCUCAACCUCUCCCGGUCCGGCUCGGAGCGGAUUGGAUGUCAGCAGCGCUGGCUCGCUCUUCUGUGCUGCGUGAGAGGCGCUGGGAUGGUGUGAUCUGGCGCUGAAGCCGGGGCCAAGAGGCAGUGACGUUUUUGCCCGCCUCGUGCCUCCUUCUCGCGUUUCUCACAGGCUGCGCGCCACACGCGCUUCUCAGAGGGUUCGCCUGCGACUCCGC